UUAUUUGAAAGUUUGAGUGACUUGACCUUCUGUUUGAUGUUUUAUUCACGCGAACUACUUACCUGGGUGUUACGGUUUGCCGAGGAACACGAGUCUGGAGACGGCUGGAGAGAUUAAGACACUGUUGCAGAGAUACUGCUAAUACUGUAGCUCACUAGUCUCUAACUGCAAAGGGCUGUCCAAGUCCAUCAGAUUAUUAAUUUUAGGUUUGAAAGAAGGUCAGAAAAAGUAUUUCCCGAGUGCUACGCCGGCGCCGGCGGUGAAUUAUGAUACAAAAUUUAAAAUUUUAUCACUUUGAAAGCAGUUUUGUUGCUGAGUGGAUGCCCUGCAAGUGCGACGUGUUGCAAGCGGAACGACUGCUUCGCUAACUGGGCGAUGUCUCGCUGGAGGCGGCAGAGCGGUGGAAAAUCCCAAGCUGCUGGCAGCACACUAGCGGGCACCAACAAUGGCAGCGGAGCUAGCGUUGGCAGUAGCAGUAGUAGUGGCCCCCUGCUGGACGAUCCCCGCGGCGGAGGCGGGCAUGGCAGCGCGGCGGGAGCGGGCCGUGGCGCUGUGUCUUGGCAGGACCUCGGUCAGACGCGGAGCCACCAGACGUACCUGGCGCAGUGCGGCGCGUGGCAGGCGGACAGCCGCGAGCUGCGCCGUCUGGUCAAGGAGUACUGCAAGCUGGCGCACCAGGCGUCGGCAUGCCUGCAGGACAUUACCAAGGUGUUCUGUAGCCUGCUCAAGUCUACGCCCGUGUGGCAGGCGUCGGUCGCCUUCCAGCAAGCGGCACAGGCCAGCGAAGAGUCGGCGCGUAAGUUCCGCGUACAGAUGACACACGACGUGCUGGGCACGCUGCGGGGCUUCACCGAGUUGCUGCCGGCCGUGGAGGAGAGCGUGCACCGGCACAAACAGAGCGCCGACGAAGUUGACCAAUCGCAGACCAACCUGGAGACGGUGCAGGCCAAGCAGGCGUCCAUGAUGCUCAGCGCUAGCCCGGGGGCGGGCACGGCGACCAUGUCGUUCUCCAAUGACAGUUCGGACGGUGCGAGUAGCUCUGCGCUUCGUCUCGGACAGGAGAAGGAGGACGAGGCGCUGUGCAGGCUGCAGGCGGCUAGCGUGUCGUUCGCCGAGGAGGACGGAAAGCUGGCGAGUGUGUGGAGUGCCCUGGAGGAGACUAGAAAGAAACUUGUUGGUUCGGCGCUCGUUUCCUCGAUGAAUUGCCUAGGGUGGCGGAGCAAGCACGAGUCAGAGCUCUUCUGUGAGCUAGGCAAGUACCAGGAUAUUGGCAGCUUGGAGGAUAGCAUUGUUCAUAUGGACCCGAUCAAGCAUGCCAGUCAACAAUGGAUGUCCGUUGCCAUGAGUAACAGUCGGCUUCGUGACAGGGCGUCUCUCUCGGCUAACGACAUCCAGUGCAUCACGCUCUGCCGUAACCAAGACGACAUGCCAGAACCGAUGCGUGACAGCCUCAGCAGUCGCAUUGAUGAGCUUCUCGAAAGCUACAUGGCCGAGUUCAAUGCACUGCCAGACUCGGUCACCUGUGUUCCAGCCGGGUUUCACCACAAUCCCGAAUCCAUCGAGAAGGCACUGAAGAGUUGCUGCACUGACCUGGAAGCUAAGGCAGCGGGUUUCUGCGGUAUGGAGAUGACUGACCCAGCCGCACUGCGUCCUCAGAUGCUGCUGGACCUGCCACGAUCACAGUGCACUAUAGGCUCACAGUUCUUUGAUUCUGUCCCUUACAACGAAGCCAACGCAGCGUUCGAAGCACGGCUGAAAUGCGUCGAGGACCUUGUACGGCGAGGAGAGCAAGCGCUUGCAGCAAAAAAACCAGACAAGCCCAAGGCUGCGUUGCGUAGCUACGAUCGCCAUGACCUGGCCGAAUUCCUCCUGAGUCAUACUUGCAACACGAUCACAAAUGCCGCUGCUAAAACCGCCGUGCAGCUGGUGUUUGGUAAAGCGUAUUUGGUGUUGGUCAAGCCGAGCUCUGACCACCGAUAUCAGCGCGCCUCCACCAUAGAGCUGAGAAGCAGCCAGCUCACUGUCACCGUACCCUCCAUGUGGUGGCUGGUGGAGGAUGCACCCACAUUCGGCCCAGUCCGUGUCAGCAGUGACCUCACAAAGCCGCUGGGUGUCGUCAACGCUAACUACACGCUCUCCGUGGAUAUCAGCACGGCCGCUACAGCCACCUCAUGUUGGCGGCUAAACAGCACAAGCUUCGGCCGACAUUAGUGACAUUAGUGCAAAUACUGGUCAAACGACGUAUGGAGAACCGCAAACGCAAGACACAUCUAGUGGUGCGUCUGCUUGCCCCCCCCCCCCCCCCCAGGCAGUGGAAAAACGUCACUACUCAAGUCGUUGCACAAGCGUCACACGCUCUUCGACAGGUUGGUCGACUUCCUUUGGCGUGAUCGGGGGGACCGAAUCGAGAGUGCGCGAACCCGCGGAAUCCAGCGCUUUUACCACGAAGGCAUCGUUUUUCUCGAUCUAGGUGGCCAAUACCGAUAUAUGAGUAAUCACCAACGCCUGACAAAGUUUUCCACCGUCCCAGCAGUGAAUAUCAUCACUGUUUCUAGCGUGGAGACAAAGGUAUGUGAACGUCAUUCGGCUAGCAAGUGGUGCAACUUCAUAGCAUGCAGCUGUGAAGAUGGUGAGGAGAAAGGCAAUGGGGAAGGAGGGAGCGACAAGACAGCCAACAAGGUGCUCAUGGUAGCUUCCCGGCGAGACAAGGCUGGAGAAUCGCAGCGUGAUGUAGUCAGCGCCGAAUGUGAGCUUCUGAAGGAUACAAUGGGCGAUCAUCUUCAGUUCAUGGACCAGCCUGUGAUCUUUGUCAAUGGUGUUGACGAGAAUUGCGAUGGUGUGGCAAAGGUGCGAGACAUCAUCGAGGAAAUGAAGAGAUAGGUGAAGGAACUAAGAUGGUGUUCGCUGGUCUCAAGAAGAAGAGCGAGCGCAAGGAUCUGAUUGCAUACAUCAAGGAAUCUACCGCCUAAUUAUUUAUCAUCCACCAUCUGUCUAUCUGCCUUCAUCUUCAAGUCGGUUGCACGCUUCGGCGCGUUUGAAAACCUAGCCGGGUCGCUUUUCCACACCUGCCAAUAUAUUUGGAAUUUAUACGAAAAUUUAGUAUUCUCUGACUUUGUUGCCUGGCUGUGUCUAGCAAACCAUUGUUGCUGGAUUGUGAGUUUAUUUGCUGUUUGUUUCUCUCGCAACAGCCAAACUCGUUCCAUUGCGCAUCCGAAAGCAUUGUCAAUGAUCACCUAGCAAUUCAACCAGUCGAGUCUUCACUGGGCAGCUGGAACCUGCUGGCAAACAUUCUCAGCAUCGCCCCAAGUGGGCUGAUCGCCAAAUGCAGUGGGGUUUUACUCAAUUUCAUUCUGGUGCUGUUCUCCGGUCGUGUGGCGUUGCUCUUCAGUGUCUCUGGUGGCUGGUUCCUUUCUCUGUGAGGCAUAGCAAUCACACAAAUUCCAUGCUGCAAGUGAUGUUAUCUCUCCGGUUUGGA